AUGUCAUCAAAUCAAAGAUUUCUUCAACAAUCCAUAACGACCAACCCACCGUCGUCUGCCAAUCUCCAACAAUUGGGAGGAGGUGUAGAAGAACAAAUAGAUCUUGCCAAUUCAUCGUCGUCGUCGUCAUCAUCAUCGCUGUCAUCCAUCAAUGUUCCAACGAGUCCAGUCAGACAAAACAACAACCAAGACGACGAUGGAGACGUAGGAUUGUCAUCGCCUCACGGUACCGUUGUUUCCGAUUCCUCAUGGUCCAGUGUAUAUUCACCGCGUGGUCUCGAGGGACAGUUUAACGAAGGUAUUGAACUCGAACCAUACUCUAUUUCAAAAAAACCAAGCUUUGAUUCAGACGAUGGAGACCACCAACACCACAAAAAAGAUUUGGCAUUUAGAGAUUCCGAGAUGCACCCCGAUCCAGAAGGAAAGACCUUGUACGAUAUCAAAGAUAUCGGAUGGCAAGGAAAAAAGACGAUCCGUCUCAUGGGUGAACGAUACUUUUUCGGUAUCAUUGUAGCCACUGCCGUCUCUUUUGCCAUCUAUAUUCUUUCACUUCCCAAUUGGACCGGUGGUACCACACCAGAAACUUAUUUCAAUAUUAAAACUUAUUCUAUAUUUAUGCAAUUUGGUUUAUUUUCAUUUGGAUCAUUUUAUGUUACAGUUAGUUUGACAGUUGCCUAUGGAAUGGAACGUAUGAGAAAAUCCAAAAUGAAUCUAUAUAUGCAAAAAACAGAGUCACAUCCACCAACUCGUGACCAUCGAAAGGCUCGCAUGGUCGCCAUCAACUAUACCGCUCCCGAUAUCGUCGUCACCGUCUUUACCGUCGUCUACAUGUUCUUUUUGUUGCCUGUCUACUUUUCCAUCGAUAAUAAUAUCAUCCGUCUCGGAUGGCGUCUAGUCGUUCACCCAAUCUAUUGGAUGAUCGUUGUUAUCGUAGCUCGUCAAUUCCUUACUCGUGAUAUUUCAACUGAUGAUAUCAUGUUAAAUAGUAAUAUUGUCUUACAUACAUUUUUCCAUCAUCAAACAUUGGGACGUAUAUUUGUGUUUACAUUCCAAGGUGAUGGUGUCAUGUUGACACUGAUCGGUAUGGCAGUAUCGGCCAUUGAAGAUGUACUGAUUCGAUGCAUUGCAUUGAAGCGUGACGAGUUGGUAUGUCGGUUCUUCCACGGUCCAGAACGUGCCCAAAUCGAGGUGUACUCGCAACAAAACCUACAGCUUCGAUCGGCCAUUAUCAACAUCCAGUGUGCACUCGAGUUUAGUGGGUUGAUCUCGGCACCCAUCUUUAUCUAUCUCUUCCAGCAACACAGACAAUUGUUCCACUUUUUCGAUGAGGCCAAUGUCGACCCCUUCACAUUGUUCUACCUGGCACUCAUCUCGAUCAUCUUGGAUCUUCUAUCAGAGACGUUAUGUACCUAUGUCGAAGUCAAGUACUUUAAGUUGCCCCACAAGCCAACGUGGAAGUGGAUGAAGGACAAUAUGUGGUUCUUUGGCUGGCUAGUCUACGGCUCGGUCACCAUGGGUCUCUUUGCCAUGUUGUGGACUUGUGGUCGUACCGCCAGAGCAUUCCUCUGCACAGAAGACAAUAUCUGUACAUGUGGUACCAUCAUGGCCAGCGGUCUCCCCUCUUGGUGUUCCAAUUAUAAUUAUACCAUUGUUCCUACUUUCUAG